AACCCGGUAGGUCACAGUAAAAGGUUUUCUCCAUAUAUAAAGUGGAACAGAUUUUCUGUGCGCUCUACUUUGCUGGUGUUUUACAGUGCAGCGCUGUAGCAAUACUGCUCUCUAGUGUACAUUCAAGAACAUGGUUCAAAUUUAGUUUGGAAACAACAAAAACAAACAAACUCUUAAUUUAACCAAAAUGAGCCACAGAAAGUAUUGUAGCCGCCAUUGUAGUAGUCUUAUUGACACUGUAUAGUGUUUUCAGACUUUAUCCAAUGUUUGUAGAGUUUGUGAAAGAAGUCAAUUUAGCCAUAGCUGUGCGAUCGUGUGUCUUAAUUGUGUUGACAGCUCACUCAUGUCAGGACAUGAAGUGAAAGCAGAAGCAUAACUUUCUCUCCGGCUGACCAGGCAGGAUCCAUUUUGAGACGGCAGAGAGGUAAUGGAAAACAUUGAAAGCUAGCCAUAGAGAAGACAAAACCGUCAGCUGAUAUGGUCAGAAGUUAGUCCUGGACGGACUUGGUCUGUCCCAUAGGAAAGGGGGCAUGGCUUGCAAAACAGGUCUCUCUGGGGAGAGAGAGGAGGCCUCCACCUCCAAAAUGAGUGUCCUUACAGACCACCCCACACCUUUUGAAGCUAAGAGGUUGAAGCAGCAGCGAGAAGAGAUAAGAUCAGUCUCACCUGUGCCCAGCUGUGUGUCCAUGAAGAGUGAUCGGUCUAUGACGCAACCAAUGAAGUUCUGUGAUGAAGCGUUUACAGAUCAAAGGCUUCAACAGGAGAGAUCAGAGUCUCCUGUCCUCAGCUGUGGGUCUAUGGCAGAAAUUGACGACAGGCUCAAAUCCAAGCUGAAGAGAAAGUUUCAGUGUGUGUUUGAGGGGACAGCACAGCAAGGAAACCCUACACUUCUCAAUGAGAUCUAUACAGAGCUUUACAUCACAGAAGGUGGAAGCGGAGAGGUCAACAAUGAACAUGAGGUGAGACAGAUUGAUACACUAUCCAGGCGACUAGCAACACAAGAGACACCUAUCAAAUGCAAUGACAUCUUUAAACUCUUACCGGGACAAGACAAACAUGUCAGAACUGUUCUGACAAAAGGAGUUGCGGGGAUCGGAAAAACUGUCUCUGUGCAGAAGUUCAUUCUAGACUGGGCCGAGGGAAAAGCUAAUCAGGACAUCCAGUUGAUAUUCCCUCUUCCUUUUAGGGAGCUGAAUUUGAUGGAGGGGAAAAAACACAGUUUGGUAGAACUUCUUCAUUGUUUUUUCAAGGAUACAAAAGAAUCCGAAAUAUUAAUUAAUGAUGACUUCAAAGUUCUCUUUAUCUUUGAUGGUCUGGAUGAAUGUCGACUUCCUUUAGACUUCCAGAACAAUAACAGUCUGAGGGAUGUCACAGAGACAACCUCAGUGGAUGUGCUGCUGACAAACCUCAUCGAGGGGAAUCUGCUUCCUAAUGCUCUCCUCUGGAUAACAUCCCGACCUGCAGCAGCCAAUCGUAUUUCUCCCGACUGUGUUGACCAGGUGACAGAGGUACGAGGGUUCAAUGACCCACAGAAGGAGGAAUACUUCAGGAAGAGAAUCCAUUCUCCGAACCUGGCUAGCAGAAUCAUCACGCACAUGAAAUCAUCAAGGAGCCUCUACAUCAUGUGCCACAUACCAGUCUUCUGUUGGAUUGCAGCAACUGUUCUAGAGAGGCUGUUGGGUGGUGCAGAGAGUGGAGAGAUCCCCAAGACGCUGACACAAAUGAACCUUCACUUUCUGAUCUUUCAGACGAGGUUAAGAAACAAGAAAUAUCCUGGGAGAAGUGGGACAGAUCCAGAGUGGAACACGGAUAAAGAGAUAAUUCUGAAACUGGGCAAACUGGCCUUUGAACAGCUGGAAAAGGGCAAUCUAAUCUUCUAUGAGGAAGACCUGAGAGAGUGUGGCAUUGAUGUCAAAGAAGCAUCAGUGUACUCAGGAGUGUGCACACGAGUCUUCAAGGAGGAGUGUGGGCUGAACAAGGGGAAGGUAUACUGCUUUGUGCAUCUUAGCAUUCAGGAGUUUCUCGCUGCUUUAUACGUGUUUCUCUCUUUUGUGAACAACAACAGAAAUCUAAUGUUGAAACAGCAAUCUAAGUCCACACCUACAAUCGACCUCUACAAGAGUGCCGUGGAUCAAGCCAUUCAGAGUGCCAAUGGACACCUGGACCUGUUUCUCCGCUUCCUUCUCGGCCUUUCACUGAAGUCCAAUCAGACUCUCUUAAGAGGCCUACUGGUACAGACAGGAAGCAGCUCUCGCACCAAUGAGGAAACGGUUGAGUACAUCAAGGAGAAGAUCAGGGAGAAUCCCUCAUUGGAGAGAUGCAUUAACUUGUUCCACUGUCUAAACGAGCUGAAUGACCAUUCUCUAGUGGAGGAGAUCCAAAGCUACCUGAGCUCAGGAAGUCUCUCUGAAGAUCUCUCUCCAGCACAGUUGUCAGCUUUGGUUGUUGUGGUGUUGACUUCAGAAGAGGAGCUGGAUGUGUUUGAGCUGAGAAAAUACUCCAGAUCAGAUGAGGGUCUUCUGAGGAUGCUACCGGUGGUCAAAGCCUCCAGAACAGCUGUGCUAACUUACUGCUACCUCACUGAGAGAUGCUGCAAAGCCCUAGCCUCAACUCUCAGCUCGACCUCAUCGGGUCUGAGAGAGUUGGACCUGAGUAAAAAUGACCUGAAGGAUUCCGGAGUGGCACUGCUCUCCAUUGGACUGGGGAGUCCACAAUGUAAACUUGAGUCACUGAGGCUCUCCGGUUGUAGAGUCACUGGGAAAAGCUGUGCUUCUCUGGCUUCAGCUCUGAAGUCAAACCCCUCCCACCUGAGAGAGUUGGAUCUGAGUGGGAGUAAUCCAGGAGACACAGGCGUGAGCCUGCUCUCUGCUGCACUAGAGGAUCCACUCUGUAAACUGGAGACACUGAGGCUAUCACGUUGUAGUGUCACAGAGGAAGGCUGUGCUUCUCUGGCUUCAGCUCUGAGGUCAAACCCCGCGAACCUGAGAGAGCUGGACCUGAGCUGCAAUUAUCCAGGUGACUCAGGAGUGAAACUGAUCUCUGCUUUACUGGAGGAGCCACACAAACUGAAGACUCUGAGGCUGAAUACCUGUAAACUUACUGAGAACUGCUGCCAAGCUCUGGCUUCAGCUCUCAGCUCAAACUCCUCUAGUCUGAGGGAGCUUGACCUGAGUAAGAAUAAGCUGCAGGAUUCAGGAAUGACGCUGCUCUGUGCUGGACUGGGGAAUCCACACUGUAAACUGGGGAUGCUAAAGCUGUCGGAGUGUGGAUUCACAGACAAAGGCUGUGCUUCUCUGGCUUCAGCUCUGAGGUCAAACCCUUCACAUCUGAGAGAACUGAAUAUGAGCUGGAACUACCCAGGUGAAUCAGGAGUGAAGCUGAUCUCUGCUUUACUGGAGGAUCCGUGCUGCAAACUGAAGACACUGAGAUUAAGUCCAUGGGCCAGAGACUGGUGACAGAAUUGGAGGACGGAAGGGCAUCCCAGCCCAGCAGAGCGGAUGUCUAGUUACUGUUAUUGGGAAACUUACUUUUCAGAGCCGGAAAGCUGCUUUCACUGUCCAAACAGGAGGAAACAAAAUAGCCUGUAUGGAUCUCAGAUCUCAGUGGCAGAUGUCCUGAAUAUCACAUCCCUAUUCUAAUAGUAUGUACUUAGGUGGGACUAAGUCAUUGUUUUACAAGUCACAAGGAAGACUCAAGUCCCAAGUCAAGUCUCAAGUCCUAAACUUUGAGUUUCGAGUCCUAAACAAGUCAUAAUGUGCUCUUCACCAAAUGUAAUACUAUUUCAUAUUUUGAACAAGAGUAAUAGUUAGUAUAUUACAUUUACGCAAAUCAUGAAUGCUUUUAAAAAUAUAUUUAUUACUUUCCAAAUAAACGUUAUAUUUCCAUGGAAAUACAUGGGUAGCCAUAAGAAAGACCCCCCCCUCCCCCCCCAAUAGCGAUCGACUAUCGAGGAUCGCUAUGGGGCGCAAUCGGGCGAUGUAGGCUUGUACACAAUCGCCCAACCUUAAAACACGCAGUGUGUGUGGUUACAGUAGGCUAACAUAUGUCAAUGGCUUUGGAACAGCAGUAACAUCAGGCAGGAUUUAGGCUACCAACUGCCUAGCCAGUUGUAGCUCAAUCUUGGGUGCAAUGAUCACGUUCCCGCACUGACUGACUGUGUGGAGGCUCAGCAGACAUUUGCAUCCUGUAGCUCUAACUCCAAAAAGUUCUGGAACACUGUAAAGUCCAUGGAGAACAAGAGCACCUCCUCCCAGCUGCCCACUGCACUGAGGCUAGGUAACACGGUCACCACCGAUAAAUCCGUGAUAAUCGAAAACUUCAACAAGAAUUUUUCAACGGCUGGCCAUGCCUUCCUCCUGGCUACUCCAACCUUGGCCAACAGCUCCGCCCCCCCCAGCUCUCCCCCCCCCCGCUGCUACUUGCCCAAGCCUCCCCAGCUUCUCCUUUAACCAAAUCCAGAUAGCAGAUGUUCUGAAAGAGCUGCAAUACCUGGACCCAUACAAAUCAGCUGGGCUUGAUAAUCUGGACCCUCUAUUUAUGAAACUGUCCGCCGCCAUUGUCGCAGCACCUAUUACCAGCCGGUUCAACCUCUCCUUCGUAUCAUCUGAGAUCCCCAAGGAUUGGAAAGCUGCCGCGGUCAUCCCCCUCUUCAAAGGGGGAGACACCCUGGACCCAAACUGUUACAGAUCUAUAUCCAUCCUGCCCUGCCUAUCUAAGGUCUUCGAAAGCCAAGUCAACAAACAGAUCACUGACCAUCUCGAAUCCGACCGUACCUUCUCCGCUGUGCAAUCCGGUUUCCGAGCCGGUCACGGGUGCACCUCAGCCACGCUCAAGGUACUAAACGAUAUCAUAACCGCCAUCGAUAAAAGACAGUACUGUGCAGUCGUCUUCAUCGACCUGGCCAAGGCUUUCGACUCUGUCAAUCACCAUAUUCUUAUCGGCAGACUCAGUAGCCUCGGUUUUUCUAAUGACUGCCUUGCCUGGUUCACCAACUACUUUGCAGACAGAGUUCCGUGUGUCAAAUCGGAGGGCAUGUUGUCUGGUCAUCUGGCAGUCUCUAUGGGGGUACCACAGGGUUCAAUUCUCGGGCCGACUCUUUUCUCUGUAUAUAUCAAUGAUGUUGCUCUUGCUGCGGGUGAUUCCCUGAUCCACCUCAACGCAGACGACACCAUUCUGUAUACUUCUGGCCCUUCCUUGGACAUUGUGCUAUCUAACCUCCAAACGAGCUUCAAUGCCAUACAACACUCCUUCCGUGGCCUCCAACUGCUCUUAAACACUAGUAAAACCAAAUGCAUGCUUUUCAACCGUUCGCUGCCUGCACCCGCACGCCCAACUUGCAUCACCACCCUGGAUGGUUCCGACCUAGAAUAUGUGGACAUCUAUAAGUACCUAGGUGUCUGGCUAGACUGCAAACUCUCCUUCCAGACUCAUAUCAAACAUCUCCAAUCCAAAAUCAAAUCUAGAGUCUGCUUUCUAUUUCGCAACAAAGCCUCCUUCACUCACGCCGCCAAACUUACCCUCGUAAAACUGACUAUCCUACCGAUCCUCGACUUCGGCGAUGUCAUCUACAAAAUAGCUUCCAAUACUCUACUCAGCAAACUGGAUGCAGUUUAUCACAGUGCCAUCCGUUUUGUUACUAAAGCACCUUAUACCACCCACCACUGCGACCUGUUUGCUCUAGUCGGCUGGCCCUCGCUACAUGUUCGUCGUCAGACCCACUGGCUCCAGGUCAUCUACAAGGCUAUGCUAGGUAAAGCGCCGCCUAAUCUCAGUUCACUGGUCACGAUGGCAACACCCACCCGUAGCACGCGCUCCAGCAGGUGUAUCUCACUGAUCAUUCCUAAAGCCAAAACCUCAUUUGGCCGCCUUUCCUUCCAGUUCUCUGCUGCCUGCGACUGGAACGAAUUGCAAAAAUCUCUGAAGUUGGAGACUUUUAUCUCCCUCAACAACUUUAAACAUCUGCUAUCUGAGCAGCUAACCGAUCGCUGCAGCUGUACAUAGUCCAUCGGUAUAUAGCCCACCCAAUUUACCUACCUCAUCCCCAUACUGUUUUUAUUUAUUUACUUUUCUGCUCUUUUCCACAACAGUAUCUCUACUUGCACAUGAUCAUCUGAUGAUAUAUCACUCCAGUGUUAAUCUGCUAAAUUGUAAUUAUUCGCUCCUAUGGCCUAUUUAUUGCCUACCUCCUCAUGCCUUUUGCACACAUUGUAUAUAGAUUCUCUUUUUUUUUCUUUUCUACAAUGUUAUUGACUUGUUUAUUGUUUACUCCAUGUGUAACUCUGUGUUGUUGUCUGUUCACACUGCUAUGCUUUAUCUUGGCCAGGUUGCAGUUGCAAAUGAGAACUUGUUCUCAACUAGCCUACCUGGUUAAAUAAAGGUGGGAAAAAAAUAAAAAAAAAUAAUGAUUUAACGUUACGUUAGCCAACAUGCUACACUGGCAAAGUUAUGAAUGAUAUAGCUGUCGGCUAUAUUAGCCACGACUUACCAUUCUUUGUGCAGCUUCAAAUGUCGAACAAAGUUGGAAGUUGGUGCGCCUCAGUCUGUCAUUUUCUUCCCGCAUGUUCUGCAAGUUGCAAUCUGUUUUUUGUUGAUACAGCGUCUUUAUAUCCGAAAAUAAUAAUUUGGGGUAUCAUCUUUCCAAGGGCUCCAUCUGAAUUCACUCGCCGACGUUCCUCUGCACUGCCACGAGCAACCUUUUCUCAGCUGGCACAAUUUGAUUGGCUGCUGUCCGAUCCAAACUGUAAUCUGUUAAAUUAAGAGUUGAUGCGCUGCACACUUUUUUUAAUAGCAUAAUUUUUUAUAUUUGGGCUUGGGGAGGGUAUCAAGUCAGUUCCGAGUCAAAAGGCUCAAGUCCAAGUUAAGUCACGGGUCAUUGGUGUUAAAGUCAAAGUCGAGUUGCAAGUCAUCAUAUUUGUGACUCGAGUCUGACUCGAGUCCACACCUCUGGUACUUAGCCUGGGGAAGUACACACUACUCCUACUAGUACUCUGAGACACUUUAUGAAUACUGGCCCGGAUCCUCCUCGGCUUCAUCCAUCUUCUAAAGUAAUGAGGAUUCAACAACAACACAAUAUAACAAACACUCACCCAUUGGUCAUAUGACCCAUUGUAUACUGUAAAAUACAGAGUGUACAAGAACAUUAGGAAAACCUGCUCUUUUCAUGACAUCGAUAGACUGACCAGGUGAUUGACGUCACUUGUUAAAUCCACUUCAAAAUCAGUGUAGAUGAAGGGGAGGAGACAAGUUAAAGAAGGCUUUUUAAGCCUUGAGACAUGGAUUGUGUGCCAUUCAGAGGUCGAAUGGGCAAGACAAAAGAUUUAAGUGCCUUUGAACGGGGUAUGGUAGUAGGUGCAAGGCACACUAGUUUGAGUGUGUCAAGAACUGUCGGGUUUUUCCACGCUCAACAGUUUCUUGUGUGUAUCAAGAAUGGUCCACCACAACAAAGGACAUCCAGCCAACUUGACACAACUGUGGGAAACAUUGGAGUCAACACCUUGUAGAGUCCAUGUUGAGGGCAAAAUGGGGUGCAACUCAGUAUUAAUAAAGGGUUCCGGAUUUGUUGUACACAAUGUAUAUAAUGUGUUUAAAAAAUGACUUGUGUUAUUAUGUAUUUUUGUAUGGUCAAGCUUGUGCAAUACAAAUUGAAUCUA